UACGCACGGUGUACGCACUCUAUCUCACAACAUGGCUCCUCGUAUCGUGGUCAUCACUGGCUGUUCUAAAGGCAUUGGUUUUUCUACAGCUGUGCUUCUAGCGAAAGACCAUCUGAAGCGAUAUAAAGUAUACGCUACGAUGAGAAAUCUAGACAAGAUAGAAUUGCUAGAAGAAUCUGUAAAGGAAGAGCUGAAUCAGACGAUGUUCAUCAAGCAGCUAGACGUGACCUCAGAUGAAUCAGUAACUGAUGUUCUAGAAAGUAUCUACAAUGUUGAGGGUAGGAUUGAUGUUUUAGUGAAUAAUGCCAGUAUUGGUCUAAUGGGUAUUCUCGAGACGCACCCAGCUCAGUUGACAAGACAAGUCUUUGAUACGAAUUUCUUUGGUGUUGUACGUUUGACUAAAGCAGUAAUCCCCAAAAUGAAAUCCAAUAGAGAAGGUCAUAUUAUCAAUAUUAGUAGCAUGGCUGGCGUAAAUGGGGUACCUUUUAACAGUAUUUACUCUGCUUCGAAGUUCGCUGUUGAAGGAAUGUCCGAGUCACUGGCACCUUUACUCAAAAAAUUCAAUGUUAAGCUGUCAAUUAUUGAGCCUGGUCCAAUAGCGACUGAGUUUAAUACCCCCGAUACAAAUACAGAUGAUCAAUACGAAGGAGUUGAUGAAGAAACCAAGCAGUUGCUGGCAAAUGCCGUGACCAAAAUGGAAAGUGCCCUUGCAAAUAUGGCACAAUCACCCGAUGAAAUAGCACAGAAUAUUGCCGAUGUACUUGUGGAAGAAAACCCUCAUCUUCGUUAUCAAACUAACAAGAUGUAUACGAUGGCUACCGCAGAUAAACUAACAGACCCUACAGGAGAUAAGACGCUCGAGACCAUCUACCAAAAGUUCUUCUCGUAAAUUAUUAGAAAAGAAAAUUAUUAAGAAUAUAUUGAUAAAUAUCCAAUGCUACGUGACAAACAUGCAAUAAAAGUAUGUGACAUGACAAUUGCAUCAGGUCAUUAAGGGUGUGUCAGAUAACAGCAGAUUCACAAGUGCAUGUCAGUUAUCACUUGGGUUUAAAAAUAAAGGAAAUUCCUAUGUCA